GUAGUCCCUGUUCAGACCGCGAACGAUCAAGAUGACGGCGAAACUUUUAUCGUCUAUAAAUAUUAGUUUUAGUGUUUUUGUUGGAAUAUGAUAAAAAAAAAUUGAAAAUAUUUCUCUAAUAUUGGAUAAUGUAAGAAUACUCUCUCAAAUUAUUUGGACAGCGCUAUAUAAAUUGUCUAAGUGUCAUUGUUCAACGAAUAUUCCGGAGCGGCAUGAAGUUUACGAAGGCUAAACUAUUCUUUGUUAAUUUCUACCUCUACCUACUCGCUAAUUUUCAACUAUCUAGUUUAACAAACAUCGUGUUCAAUGGGAAUAUAAAUGAAAACUGGACUUACGAUGUCAACUCACAGUUUCUUCAUAUGAGUAACGGAGUAUUAUAUUCAAUGAAAUGCUCUCCUGAAACUGUUGAAUUUACUGCUCAAAAUAUUUUUACAAAGGAUGAAAGCCGAUCGUUUUUAAAGUUUGACUGUAAAUCUAGCGUUAAGGUAAACGUACAAGUUUUGGUAAACUCUACUCAAUGUAUUAGCAUCUUUGAUUUAUCUAAUUAUCUUCCCACGGACAUUUUGAAGAAUGCUCAAUCUUAUGAACCGUUUAUUACUGAACGAACAAUCAGUGUUGUAAGGUCUACAGGCAAAGUUUAUGCUAGAGAAUCGCCUUGUAUUCCUACUCAAUUUGUCAUUCUUGUUAUGACAGAUAAUUUUCAGCGUAUUCCGGUCGAGAUUAUUUUAAAGGAUAGACCGAAUAAUCAUGUCAGAUUAAGAAGAUCAGUCAACACUCGACCGGUCUUUAAAUUUUCUUUUUAUAAGGAAACUGUGAUGGAGGAAAGAAAUCCAGGUAUAACUGUUGCAACAAUAGUUGCCUCAGACCCAGAUGGCAAUCUCGAAGGUGUAUUAACGUAUAGUCUCAUAGGGCAACGAAAUGCCCUCUCCGAAACUAUGUUCGAGGUUGACGAAAACUCUGGACGAAUAUCAACUUCAAAAAAGUUGGACAGAGAAUCAAUAUCAACGCAUUAUUUCCAUUUAAUAGCUAGGGAUCGUAGUCGAAAUCCCAAAUCAGCAACAGCCACAGUUGAGAUUAGUGUACUAGAUGACAAUGAUCAUUCUCCGAAAUUCGAGCAACCGAAUGGGAUAUAUACUCUAGCUGUAAAAGAAGAUUUUGAUGUUGAUGGAAUCAUUCACACGGUAGUAGCAACUGAUAAUGAUGAGGGAAACAACGCCAAACUGACUUACGAGAUAAUUAGCGACUCCAAGUUGGUGCUGGAUACUUUCAAAAUAGAUUCAUCUGAUGGAAGGUUAUCAUUAAAAAAGAAAUUGGAUAGAGAAGUUACAGGCUAUUAUGAAUUCAGUAUUCGAGCUACUGAUAAAGCAGAUAAGAUAACAGAAAGAAAAUCUUCAACAGCUUUGGUUAAAUUAACUAUUUUCGAUGUCAAUGACAAUUUUCCUCAGUGGACAAAAUCUUCAUAUUCAGUUGAGGUUAGUGAGAAAAUAGACGUUAAGCGUAGACCUGUUAUUGCUCAAGUCAAGGCAACGGACAUUGAUAAGGGAAAUAACGCUAUAGUUGUAUAUACAAUUCAAUCCGGUAAUGAGAAUCAGAUCUUUUCCCUCGACAAAACAACUGGAGACUUAUCCAUACUUAAACCGCUGGAUUACGAAAGUAAUAAUAAAAAUUUUAACCUUAUAAUUAGAGCUACCGAUCAAGGGGAAUCAAAGUUAUCAAAUAUAACAACUCUUACGAUUAAUGUGCUCGAUGAGAAUGAUAACGCACCAAAUUUCACAUCCUCGUUGAUUCGCGUCCCUGUAAAAGAAAGCAAACCUGUAAAUGAGGUAGUUUAUGAGUUCCGAGCAUAUGACAGAGAUAGCGGAAUAAACUCUCAAUUGGUUUACCGUAUCACGUCAGAUAACAAAAAUACUGUACCGUUUAAUCUCAACGAAACCACUGGACAACUGACAGUUAAGACACCUUUAGACAGAGAGACUGCAUCAUUCUUCAAGCUGACAAUAACAGCGUGGGACAAAGGCAUCCCACCGAAAAGUGCCGAAGUCGUCGUCGAUAUUAAUGUCAUAGACGUUAAUGACAACGCCCCGGUGUUUUCCUCUCGGUACUACUCCAAAGAAAUACCUGAAAAUAUAGCUGUUAGUAGAGAAGUAAUUUCUGUGAUGGCCAGAGAUGAUGAUGCAAAUGAAAAUUCAAGAAUGACCUUUCGUAUAAUAAAAGGAAAUACUGGAAAUAGUUUUAGACUAGUUCAAAAGAGUGAUACGAUGGCAUCCAUUGUUGUAACGAAAGCUCUAAAUCACACUGUAACUUCACAAUAUAUAUUGGAAGUGGAAGCAAGAGACAGUGGGGGUAAAACUGAUGUAACAAAUGUUAUCAUUAAUGUAACAGACACAAACGACCAUGCUCCAUAUUUCAGGAAUUUACCAUCUGUGGUAGUUGUUCCUGAGGAUACAAAGGUUGGAGGCUGGGUAGUGCAUAUUGAUGCUUACGAUAAAGACUUUGGGGAAAAUGCUAAAAUUCAUUACGAAAUAGAAAAAAACGACUUCUUCGCCAUUAAACCCCGAACAGGGAACAUAACAGUAAUUGGCGAAUUGGAUACCGAAAAAAUUUCAUCAAUUCCCCUACUUAUUUAUAUUACAGACUCAGGAAAACCUCCAAAAGCAAAUACUGCUCAAAUUCAAUUUAACAUAAAGGAUGUUAAUGACAAUUCACCAAUUUUUAAUAAAAAAAUUUACAAAAUUAAGAUAUCGGAAGGUGCAAGACCACAAAGCUACGUCACAACGGUGAUGGCAACAGACUUAGAUAGUGGAAAUAAUGGUAAAAUCAAAUAUACAUUCGAGGGAGGACAUUCAGGAAAUGGUGCAUUUUUCAUGGAACUAUCUACUGGAGUUAUUAGGACGAAUACUAAAUUAGAUAGAGAGACAAUAGCCGCGUACGAUUUGAUAGCAGUGGCGUAUGAUCAUGGAAUCCCAAGAAGAAGUUCAACAGCAAUUGUUCACGUUGAACUAGAGGAUAUAAAUGAUAGUAUACCAGAGUUUUCGGCCAAUUCAUUAGAUCUAUAUGUCGCUGAAAAUAGCAAAAUCGGAACGAGGGUUGGUGUUAUUCAAGCUAUUGAUAAAGAUGAAGGGAAGAAUGCCGAAGUAGUGUAUUCCAUUGUUAAAGAGAAGGAUUAUGAAUACUUUGAAAUUGCGCAUCAAGAUCCCGCUAAUAUUACGACAACGGCUGUAUUCGAUUAUGAAGCUGAGAAGAAAGAAUUCAAGUUAACUAUUCGAGCUAUGUCUCUCGAUUUAUUCAAUACCGUUGAAGUUACCAUUUACGUGCAAGACCGAAACGACUUUCCCCCUAUUGUUCAAGAUUUUGUGAUAUAUUUUAAUAAUUUUCCUGAUAGCUUCGCUAGGGAAAUUGUUGGAUAUGUUCCCGCGUACGACCCAGAUGUCUCAGACCGUUUAACUUACAGCUUCUACGAAAGGAAUGAAGCUCACAUUCUACAUUUAGACAGUAAAAGUGGAGCCAUUAAACUUGACCCGCGAUUGAAUUCGGAUAGGCCUAUCAACGCUACUCUCGGUGUCCUAGUUAGUGAUGGUAUCAACAAGGCAAAGGCGAAAUGCACGUUUAUCUCACGCUUUGUGUCAACGGAAAUGGUGCGAAAUUCUGUGACUCUCUCGUUACGAGGCGUCGCGCAAGAGAACUUCCUUGAAUCCUUUUAUGAUAAAUUAAUUGGGGGAGUUGCAUCAGCUAUACCGACAUCUUUGUUAAACGUCUUCAUAAUCGAUAUUCAAGAUUCAAGCAGAAACGUAUUGAAUGUAACACUAUGCGUGAAGAAAGGAGAGCAAAACGGCAGAGAUGAAUUCUAUAGUCAGAUAUUUCUUAAGGAGCGUCUAUACUUUAAAAGAUCGUCCGUUGAUAGCGCGACAGGACUUGAGCUUCUUCCAUUUACUGAAGAAAUGUGCAUCACUGAGCCAUGUUUUAACUUUGACGAAUGUACAACUACACCCCAAAAAGGAAAGCCUGGUAAUUUUAUACGAAGUCGAACAGGAACUACGUUUUUCCGCCCCAUCCGUCCUGUCUAUAUACAUCACUGUCAUUGUCCAAGAGGAUUUACAGGACUGAAAGAAAGUUUUGAUUGCGACUAUGAAGUUGAUUUGUGCUAUUCCCAUCCAUGUCAGAAUAAGGGUACAUGUAGAUCUAUCGAAAACGACUAUAAAUGUGAAUGCAGGCAUGGUUAUAUUGGUAAGAAUUGCGAAACAUAUACCCUGGAUAGUUCUUUUUGUCCUCCCGAUGCAUGUAAAUCCGGUUCAGUAUGUCAAACGAAGGCAACGGGAGGCUAUAAAUGCAAAAUAUGCAUGAACUCUAACAAUUGCAAUUCAACUCAAGACUGUGCUUUCUUACCGGAUAGAAAUGAUCGAUGUGAGUUGACUACCAGAUCAUUCGCAAGCGGCUCUUUUCUAGUUUUUCCGUCCUUAAAGAAACGAUAUAGGUUUACUGUGGAAUUAGAAUUUUCUACUGUUGAAAAAUCUGGCCUACUAUUUUACAAUGGGAGAUACAAUGAUGAAAAUGAUUUUAUAUCCUUAGAAUUAAUUAACGGACAGUUGGAAAUAGCAUUUUCCCUUGGCAAAGAGACUGUUCGAAGCAGGACAAAUACGAUUGGAAUAUUGAAUAAUGGUGAUUGGCAUAAAGUUACCUUAGACUAUUUCAAUAAAACUGCAACUGUAUCAAUCGGUGAAAAUUGCGUGGCAGAGGCUGAAUUAAAACUAUCUAGAGCGCAGAAAUGCGCAACCAGAGCUACUAUUAAUCUAGACGAGAAAUGUUCUGACGAUUCCGAGACUUGUUUUAGAUUUCUCGACAUUCCUGGACCACUUCAAUUGGGUGGAUUAGCAAGAAAAGUGAAUACAAAUAGAGAAUUACGAACUUCACAGUUUAAUGGAUGCAUACGAAAUUUAAGAAUUGAUGGAAAAAUUGUCAAUCUUGACGAUUAUACCCACAAUUCUGGAACUAAACCUGGGUGCAUGAGCAAGACUAAAAAAUGUCUUAGUACGUCAUGUCAAAAUGGAGGGAGAUGUCGAGAAAUAUGGAAUGGAAUAUUUUGUGAUUGUCCAGACGGGUAUGGAGGAAAAACUUGCGCAGACUUUAUAUCCAUGCCAUAUUCAUUUAGUGGAAAAUCUUUAGCAACAUUCAGGAAGUCAUCACAUGGGCUAAGAUCUAUUAAAUUUCCUUGGGAUAUAUCAUUCCAUCUAAGAACCUCCCAGAGUGUCUCUUCAGAUGUCUUCGAAACUCAGCUAGUAUCUAAUAGUGGCACAAAAUAUAUCGUGCAGAUAAGAAUCGGCAAUAAUCGUCUUGAAGUAAGCAUUGGAGGAAAGACGAUAUUCGUGAAUAACGUUCGGGUUAACGACGGUAGAUGGCACCACUUGUCAAUUAUUUUGCUGAAGCUUGUUGUAAGAUUUGAUUUUGAUUACGGUUCAAUUGUUUACUCAGAGAAAUUAAAUCAAGACUUUUCUAAUUACAUCGUUGGAGAUAUCCUAUUUGGAAAGAAUCUUAUUGGAUGCAUAAAGAACGUGCAAGUCAACAGUCGAGAACUAACCAAGUCAAAGCUAGAUAAUAUUCAACGUUCGUGUAAAUUGGAAUCUGGCUGCAAUUUAAUUAAAUGUCCAAAGUAUUCAACUUGUGAAGAAAAAUUCGGCGUUGCGAAAUGUAUUUGUGUACCCGGAAGACUUGGCCCAAAAUGCGAAAAAAUAUGUGACAAAUAUAAUCCUUGUAAAAAUAAUCAAACAUGUUAUCAAGAUAAUCUGGUGGACAGCGGUUUUAGAUGCGCCUGCAGUAAAAAUUAUAUUGGAGAGUUUUGUGAGACCUUUCUACCUGAUAGCUGUCCAGAUAAGUGGUGGGGGGUACCUCCAUUUUGUGGACCAUGCGACUGUGGUAAACUCGGUAUCAACUCGAAGUGCGAUCCCUUAACCGGUAGUUGCUCUUGUGAUGAUUAUCAGUUUGUAAAUUCUGAGGGAAAAUGUGAAGAUUGCCGAUGUAAUGUUCAAGGUUCUAAGUCCCCUAAAUGCACUGAUGGGAAAUGUAUAUGCAUAAAGGGUGUUAUCGGGAAAAAAUGCAACUUGUGUGCCGAUAUAUUCGCAGAAGUAACUGCAGAAGGAUGCGCAGUUGUGUACGAUGGUUGCCCUAGGGCGUUUAAAAAUGGAAUUUGGUGGGAAAAAACGAAAUAUAAUAGUCAAGAUGUUCGUAAUUGUCCCCUGGCUUCAGUUGGAAAAUCAUACAGGAAUUGCACUGAAAACGGAUGGUUAGAGGUGGACCUAACCGAAUGUAUGUCUACAGUUUUGAUUCCCCUAAGUGAAGAACUGACCAAACUAGAAGAAGAUAAUCUAAUUUUAAAUACCUUCGUUGUAAAAUCUCUUAUAAAAGAAGUUGAAAUUGCUAGUAGAUUAAUUAGAGAAUUUUAUGCAAACGAUAUAGAAAUUCUGGGAGGAAUCCUUAUAUCAGUUUUGAAGUAUGAGAGUUCGCAGUCGGGUUUAAAUUUAACUCAUACUCAAGAUAGAAACUUUACAAGAAACCUAAUUCAGACAUUAGGCCGAAUUUUAGAUCCAAAAUUGAAUUCAAUUUGGACGAAGGUUAAAAGUGAAAAUUUAGCAGCAGAUUUGUUACAGUGGAUGGAAAAAUAUUCAGAUACGAUGGCAAAAAAUUUAAAGGCAACUUUUACACCGCCGUUUGAUCAAAUUCACGAAAAUGUAAUUUUGGGUAUGGACUAUAUUGAAUUAAAGAACAAAAGUACUGUUCGUCUGCCAAAGUUUAACAACAAAGUAAAAAGUGACAAAUUUACAAUAAAAACCUCGAUAGAAUUGCCUUUAGAUGAAACUGGAAAAAAUGACGUAUCUUCAUCAGCCGUUGGAUAUGUAAUAUAUAAGAAUAUAGGAAAUCUUCUUAUAUCGAAUUUUGGAGCAACUGGACCCGUUUUUUCUGUUAAUCUAGUUGAUGGAAAUGUUACUGUACAUGGAAGUCAAAAGAAACCGGUUAUUAUGCUAUUUGAUUCAACGUAUUCUGGAAACACGUCAAAUUCGCAGUGCGUUUACUGGAAGGACUCUACUUGGGUUUCAGACGGAUGUUCGAAAAUAGAUAAACAUGCCUGCGCUUGUAAUCAUCUAUCUACGUACACUAUGUUAAUGGAUGCGCCAUCUAAAGCAGUCUCAGUUCAAGUUAUGGAUGACUUGGUGUUUACAGUCUAUAUUGGUUUAGCGUUUUGCAUAAUGUGUGCUGUCGCAUGUGCAAUAAUAUUAUUAAUUUUACGAACUGCGAAACACAAUAGCUCUAUGAUUCACGCUCAAAUAUGCUUAUGUCUAAUAGCAGGACAUUUGACGUUCCUGAUAGGUAUAAGACAUGUUGAAAAUGAGUUUCGAUGCAAAUUCGCCGCUAUCAUUUUGCAUUUGACUCAUCUUUGUGCUCUCUCGUGGAUCCUAGUUGGUGCUGUACAUUUUCAUAGAAGAUUAGCUGAGCUGAAGGAUAUUGAUAAAGGAACGAUGAAGUUUUACUACGUUUUAGGAUAUGUCCUACCAGCGAUAGUCGUUGCUAUGGCGACUGGCUUAGCUGCAGAUGAUUAUGGGAAUAAUGGAGCUUGUUGGCUAAGUACGUCGGACACGCUGAUUUGGAGUGCAUUGGGGCCUGGGGGUUUCAUUGUUUUGUUUACUUUAAUUGUUUUGCUAUUAGCUGUGAGGACAACAAGAACAGUCAAACAUAUUCCGGACGGCGUGAAGAGUUCUAUUAAAGCUUGUGCUUUUCUCCUUCCGAUUUCCACUUUGGUUUCCGUUUUAUGUUUACUUACUGCUAACCAAGCUAAAGAGGCCAUUCAGCACGUUUUAGGCGUUGCUGCCAUCCUUCAAGGCGUCUCCUUAGUCAUAUCUUUUAUUUUACUCGACAAACGCGUUCUAAACGCUCUUAGGAAAAAAGACAAUAAAAAUCUUUCAAAUGAAAACGUUGGGCCUCAGUCAGUUCUGGCCUAUCAUAAUCAUCUAAAGGCUGAUGAAGUAACAAACGGGCGUAUUCCACGAAUUAACAUAUCAACUACGACAACAACGUCGAAAUCCAGCACAUGGAAAGAUACGGUUUAUUCAUCAAAUUUUGUAUCUUAUCCCCCAGCCUUAUCGUCCGAUAUAGGGACAACAAAUUUUGGCAGAGACUCUGAUAGUGAGAGUGACGAUGGUUUACCUCUGGAUGCAAGUGGUUCUUCCGAGGAAGAUAUGGUCAUCGGUAAAUUGGGCUGGCCAAAAAAGUACUCUACUCAACCGCAAUUAAGGGUGCUUGACUUGCCCCAGGAACCGUCUCCACCAAAACGACCAAUAACUGAGUAAGUUAUCAUCAAAAAUUUCCUAUUUAAAAGAUAUUCUAAAUUCGUCAACUAUUUCCCGGAAUAAUAAACGAAGAGAAAUUUGUUUUUUUAAUAAAAAAAAAAGAGCGAAAUUGAAUAUCAUAUAGCACAUAUAUAUUUCCGUUUUUAUAUUCUCUUUAUUAUUCCACAAAUAAUGAAUAUUUCCUUGUCCAAACAGAUUAACGGUCAGCAGCGUUUAAUUUCAGUGAAAACUCAGCUUAAUUGUUAUUUUUUGUUACAUAUAUAUACGAGACAAUUUUUAUUACUUGCAUGAUUUUUUAUGAUGAAUUGCAAAUAUUUUUACAGAUGCAAUGUAAAUACAUAUUUUCUUGUUUGUUUUUUUUAUUGAAUACAUUACUUGCCAAGCAAAUUGGAAA